AUUGCCAGCGUUACUGCUUAUAUAUUUAAAUUAAAUUAAACAAAAACAUAAGGCAUAAUUAAAAAUGUAUUCAAUACAAGUGCGAAAGAGUGAAUAUAAAACCGGAGAAAAGAGUGUUCAACAAUUUGAGCAAGAAGUUCUCAAUGCCCAUAAUUUAUAUCGGGCUAAGCAUGGUGCUCCAGCCUUGAAAUUGAGCCCCAAACUUAAUCAGUUGGCCACCGAAUGGGCCACGUAUUUACUGUCGAGAAAUCGCAUGGAGCAUCGCCCGAACAGUGGAUACGGGGAAAACAUCUAUAUGGCCUCGGGGGGAAACCUAGAAGGAUCAGAUGCUGUCCGAUCCUGGUACGAAGAGGUCCGCCAUUACAACUGGAAUAAUCCCUCCUUUCAAGGAAAUACGGGGCAUUUUACUCAGGUGGUUUGGAAGAGUUCUACUGAGUUGGGCGUGGGUUUUGCCAGAAGGGGCAAUACUAUCUACGUUGUGUGCAAUUAUAAUCCCCCUGGCAAUUACAACAACUUAUACAGGGAAAACGUAGCUCCCCCGAGGCGAUAAAAAUGUUCUAUUUAUAAUCUGACGCAAAGAAUUUUUACACUCCCAUCUGCAAAUUUAUAUAAAUUGUUAUCAGCAUUCCACAAAAAGAAACGGAACAAGCCAAGUAAUACCUAUAGGUAUUACACAUAACAGCUCUACAAAACCAUAUUUUAUAAUCAUACAUUCCAAAUGAUACAUACGAAUUUUUAAAACCAAAUCUAAAUCGCCAAAGAAAAGUUUUUUAAGUAUUAUUUUAUGUGACAAACAGAAAAAGUAAAGCUCUUCAUAAAUCGAAUAUAUUAACAAAGCUGUACAUUUAAAACCCUGUAAAACAUUUAA